AUGUACGACUCGUUCGACAACAUGUACCAAGCAACAAUCGGCAUUGAUUUCUUGUCAAAGACGAUGUAUCUCGAAGACCGGACGGUACGAUUACAGCUUUGGGACACUGCAGGCCAGGAACGAUUCCGCAGUUUGAUUCCCUCGUAUAUUCGCGACUCGAGCGUGGCCGUGGUCGUCUACGAUAUCUCAAACAAGAAAUCCUUCGAGAACACAAAGAAAUGGAUCGACGACGUUCGUGCCGAGCGCGGCAACGAUGUCAUCAUUGUGCUAGUUGGCAACAAGACCGAUCUCAACGACAAGCGCGAAGUCACGACCCAGCAGGGUGAGGAGGAGGCCAAGAAGAGCAACCUAAUGUUUGUCGAGACAAGUGCAAAGCUUGGGCACAACGUCAAGAAUCUGUUCAAGAGGAUAGCACAGGCCCUACCGGGUAUGGAGGGGAGUGAUGCAGCAGCCCAAGCAUCGAGCCAGAUGAUCGAUGUGAAGACAAACACGUCGCAACAGUCCCAGGAAGGGUGUGCCUGCUGA